AUGUUGAUAGUAGCUCGAAGGGACGAACUCGAAAAGCAAAAUCUCGAGUUACUAGCUGAAGUGCACAAAUACCAAUCUGAAAAUUAUCCAUGUGUUCUCUUCCGAUCAAAAUGUGGUGCAGUUGCGGCUGUAGUCUUUUUCAUCGUGUAUUGUAAUCUUAUAUGGCUGAACUGUCAUUUAUCUCUGAAAUUGACGAUGAACUUAGAAAAAGUGAAGUUAGAUCAAGUACCUGCUUAUUGCGCACGUGUGAACGUCAAUGGCAUUCAACGAACUAAAGAAGAUUAUCUUCGUCAUCAGAUCGACAGUGUCUUUACAUCAAAUACGUUUGAAGCAUUGCUUCUCAAUGCUGAACAGUUACGUAGUAGACUCUUACAACUCGGUUGUUUCCGAGAUGUCACCGUCGUUAUCGAUUCCGCUAAAGACGCCAAAGCUGAUUAUAGCUAUGAUGUAACAUACAUCACUGAGGAGUUUCGACCGAUAUCUGGAGGAAUUAACACAGCUGUUGGACAAAAUGAAGGAUCACUUUGUACUAACUUUUCUUUGCCGAAUUUGUUCGGUCGAGGUGAAAAAUUUGGUGUUGACUAUUCGUACAGUAAUCGUGGAAAUACGGAAGGACGAGUAUUUUUUACGACACCAACACAACUUGAUCCAAAUAAACAAUUUUCAAUGUCUUUAUUUCGAACUUAUUUUGAUAAUACUUGGAGUUCAUUUAAACAAGAUGAUCACGGAAUAAAUAUCAGUUACAAUAUUCCUCUUGGUGUCGUUCCAAAUGCUGUCCACAGUUUUACAUGGGAAGGUGUUUGGCGUUCAGUUCUAGCUGCUAGUCCAUCAACAUCUCUCGAUAUUCGAAAAGAUGCUGGCCACUCAUUAAAAUCUUCUUUGAAAUACACAGCGACGAUUGACAAUCGUGACCAUCCUGUCAUAGCACAACGUGGUUCAUUUUCUCAAAGUUCGAUUGAAUUGGCAGGUCUUGGAGGUGAUAGUCAAUUUGUUAAAUGGUCAACUCAACAUCAAGUUAAUCUUCCGUUACCGAUGAAGUCGAUUAUUCAAUGGUGUCUAUCAGCUGGUGCUGUUUGGCCACUUUUUCAAGGAAACAAUCGAUCGAUUAAAAUCAAUGAUCGAUUUUUUCUUGGCGGACCAUUGAAUAUUCGAGGUUUUGACUAUCACGGAGUUGGACCACAUAGUGAAGGAGCAGCAUUAGGUGGUGAUUGCUAUUGGGCAUCCGGUCUUCACCUUUACACGCCACUUCCGUUUCUCUAUCAUCGAGAAAAUCUAAUGACUCAUGUUCGUUUACAUUAUUUCCUCAAUGCUGGAAAUGUCUUCAAUCUACAAUCCGUUCGUUCAACCCAGUCAUUCUUUUCCCAAUUAACAAACGCAACGCGAUUAUCAUGCGGGCUUGGUGUUGUUUUGAAUCUAAUGAACGUCGCUCGAUUAGAACUUAACUAUACUCUUCCACUUUGGACACAAGUCCACGAUCGAGUGAUCAAAGGUUUUCAAUUCGGUGUUGGAUUUACAUUUAUUUAA